GCUUUAACAGAAAAAGCGACCAUAUUGAGGUCAGAGGAAAGCGUUGCCAGGGCGACCGGCUUGCUAGGGAGGACACUGCGGCGCGCGUCACACGCCGGGGACGAGCGUAGCUGCCUGCUUGCGUGCGUGCCUUACGAGGGUGCGCACGUGCGCGAGCGCGCGACGGCCAGCCGGAGCGGUCACGGCAUCCUCGCAGCAGCAGCAGCAGCGGCAGAGGCAGCAUCCUUCUCUUCGAGACUGCUGGAGCACCGCGAUUUGUGAGUCCGCCGUUUCUGAUACAAGCUAAAGCGAGCCGAGCCGGAAGCUCGGCAGCGUCUUGGCUGUCUUUACUGGGAUUUAUUUUGGAUUUAUCGUCGACGUCCUAGGGAAAUAAGAAGGAAACACAGUCCGAGAGAGUAAACCUGAGUAGCUGAGACCACUGGUCAACACAGGUGAUACUUUCCGGCUGUCAAAUCCGCCGAGUCCCCGCAGACACGUCCGGGUUAUUUCGGGGUUAUUUUGCAGUUUAAAGGCCUCGAUAAAAAGAGACAUUGGUCCUGUGGCACGCUGGACUGUGAGCAGAGAAAUUCCUUUCUUGCGGGGACCAACCCGAGCUCGGCUGCUCGUAUGGAGAAUCCUACUGAACCGAGCUGUUUGUGGUGGGUAUUGCAGUAGAGGCAGCUUUAUUUUUGGGAUUCAGUCUCCACUCUGUCAUCGUCUCCAGCCAUGAAGUCCCACCUGCCGGCCCGGUUGGACUGAACGAGGUAGAGCUCUGCCGAGGGGGACCUCCCCCCUCCCCUCCCUCCCCAAAGUAUUUGAGCUAUUUUCUUUUUAUUUGUUUUCAUUUUUAUCUUUGUUUUUCCCGCGAGCUGGCGGAAGGUUUAAGGAGAAGGACGAAAUCUGAAGAGAACAGCAGUGGGAAUCUGGCGCCCUACCAGCACCCGUGGAUCCCACGUUAACAGAAUUCAUCAUCAAUCCAAUUAUCUGGAUAAUUGAGGACGAAUAGGUAUGGAACGCAACAGAGCCAUGGCUUGGGAAGUGUUUCGGAUCACCGUUGCUCAGAAUCACCACUGACCUGGCACCCACUCCAAGGUCCAAACCCCUUUAUCCGGCACCCAGAGCCCAAAGGACCCUUCUCUCCCAAGCAGCUGCCUUGUCCUCCACUUCACCUUCAGUCAGCGCCCUUAGUCUUGGUCGAGUUUCUAAAAAAGCUCCUUUUUAGUCAUUAAGGGUUUUUUACCUUCCAGAUUGUUGGAUAUAAUCCACUUUUGCUCAUAAAGAGAGACGUUUUCCCAAACUGACUAAAAGCAGGUGGCUGAACGGUAUGAACUCAGUCAUGAAGCCCCUUCCAUUCUUUAUAAAUAGACAGAGUCGGCGGAGUUUGUCAUCCAGGACAAGCCACCUCAGCCUUAUGACAGACUGGUGCCUCAUGAGCAUCCUAGGCCUCAUUCUGCUCUUCAGUCUAGCCUCGAGCCAGAAGAUGGAUCCUUCUAAACACCCUAUCGUGACCACUAACUAUGGGAAGCUCAGAGGCAUCAAGAAGGACUUGAACAAUGAGAUUCUUGGCCCUGUGGAGCAGUACCUGGGUGUGCCCUACGCUACGGCGCCUAUCGGCGAUCGCCGCUUUCAGCCACCUGAGGCCCCGGGAUCCUGGCAGGAGAUCCGCAACGCCACCCUCUUUGCCCCCGUGUGCCCUCAAAAUGUUCACGGUGUACUGCCGGAGAUAAUGCUACCCGUGUGGUUCACAGACAACCUGGACGUGGCGGCCGGUUACAUCCAGAACCAGAGUGAGGACUGCCUCUACCUCAAUGUCUACGUGCCCACGGAGGAUGAUAUCCGUGACCGCAGGAAGAAGCCGGUGAUGCUGUUUAUUCACGGCGGCUCCUACAUGGAAGGCACAGGAAACAUGUUUGAUGCCAGCGUCCUCGCCGCCUACGGCAACGUGAUCGUGGUAACCAUGAACUACAGGCUCGGCGUGCUCGGCUUCCUGAGCACCGGAGAUCAGUCUGCUAAGGGGAACUAUGGCCUGCUGGACCAGAUUCAGGCUCUGCGUUGGCUCAACGAGAACAUAGGCCACUUUGGCGGAGACCCGGAGAGGAUCACCAUCUUCGGCUCUGGAGCUGGGGCCUCCUGUGUCAACCUCCUCAUCCUCUCGCACCACUCUGAGGGUCUGUUCCACAGGGCCAUAGCGCAGAGUGGCACAGCCAUCUCCAGCUGGUCCGUUAACUACCAACCCCUCAAGUACACCAAGAUCCUGGCCCGGAAGGUGGGUUGCACCUACGCAGAGACGGCUGACCUGGUUGACUGCCUGAGGCGCAAGAACUUCAGAGAGCUGGUGGACCAAGACAUCCAGCCGGCCCGCUAUCACAUCGCCUUUGGGCCUGUUGUGGACGGAGACGUAGUUCCUGAUGAUCCAGAGAUUCUCAUGCAGCAGGUGAGGGUCUGAUAACAGCAGCCGCACAUCUCUGUUGUGUUUUAUUAUCCAAGCAAAGUGGUGAGAACUCCUGGGAUCAGCCGUGACGUGAAACCAAAACAACUGCAGAGAAAAUAACUGCAGUGUUGGUGAUGUACAUGAUCAGGGUGUUAUACUUUAGACACACUGAGAAGUUUCUCUUGUGUUGUCACGAGUGUUCGCCAGAAGCCCAAA